CAACAAACAACACACGACAGUAGCCACACCAACAAACAACAAUGGCAAUAAUGUACGGAGGCUUGGCAAGAAGUGGUAAAGUCAAAUAUCAAACACCACGUGUAGAAAAGACCAGCGAUUCAUCCUAUCACGGAGGUUGCGCCAAAUACAAAAUCAAAUCAUCAAAUAAUUUAUCAUAUUCGGGAGGUGCUCAUCGGUUGGAGAAGAAUUUUACUGAAGAGUUGAAAGUCUAUGAUCAAUACAAGGAAAAUCAUCAACGAUGUGAUUGGGUGGAGGAGAGAGCGAAUAUAAAGAGAUCAGAACCUGUUCUUUUGAAUUCCUUUCACAAGUUUAAUACUGAGAAGGGUUUUAACAAGAUGGAAUGGAAUUCAAUGAAAAAGGAGGAGAAUAUCUUGAAGAAUAGAUACAAUUAUAAUCCAAAUGCAAAGAAUCAUAAAAAGUGGCAUAGAAAUCAUCCUAAAGAUGGUUUUUAUCAAAAGAGAACUGUUGAUGCCAAUGAUUUGGAAUGUUGGGAAGAUGAAGUAAUUCAAUUCUCUCAUUUGUAUGAAUAAUUGCAAACAAUAGAAAGGAAUUCAAGAGAUGGAGCUUGUUGUUAUUACAAUAUAUUUGGAAGGUCACUUUCCCAUAAUAUGAAAAGGCACAGAAUGUGCUAACCAGACAUUUUAACAUUAUCAGUUCUAUUAAUUUCAAUAAAAUUAUAUUAAUUAUU